UUGAUUACAGGGACCUGCCUUCAAGUUCUAGAGUUCCUUGGUGGAGCUUUUUUGAAGCCAGAGGUUUCCUGUGGGAAAUAGCUACUGGGAGAGGAAGUACCUAGUCUGGAACUCCCCAUCACCAGAGUAUACUGCCAGAACUCUCUUUGAUCCCUGCCAGAAAGUUUUCCAUCAAAUGUUGAUGAAGUCUGUGUGAAAUGAGAAGAUUCAAUUUAUAUUCCUUUUCCUGAGAGCAAUGCUUGUAGAAGGAACCAACAAAUAACUCAGGAAAGAGCUAUGCUUGCUGGGACAGCAGGGAGAGGACUAUUUGGGGGUGAUAAAUGGGUGAGAAGAUCUUUGGGUCUAAGAACUUUGGAAAGGUAGAAGAUGGACACGAUUGUGAAGGACUUUGAACACUAAAAAGAGGAUUUUAAAAAGAGGAGCCACUGGAGCUGAUUGAAUGGUCAGACCUAUGCAUUAUGAAGAUAAGUUGGAGUGUGGACUGAAGUGGGAUGAGACUUGAGGUGGAUGGAAGCUUGUCUCAAUGAAGAGUUGCCUCCUACUACAGAACUGGAAGAGGGGCUAAGGAAUGGCGUUUACCUUGCUAAACUUGGAAACUUCUUCUCUCCCAAAGUGGUGUCCUUGAAGAAGAUUUAUGAUCGGGAGCAAACCAGAUAUAAGGCAACUGGCCUUCACUUUCGACAUACUGAUAAUGUGAUUCAGUGGCUGAAUGCAAUGUCAGAGAUUGGACUGCCUAAGAUUUUUUACCCUGAAACCACAGAUAUCUAUGAUCGAAAGAACAUGCCACGCUGUAUCUACUGCAUCCAUGCACUCAGCUUAUACCUGUUCAAACUGGGGCUGGCUCCUCAGAUUCAAGACCUGUAUGGCAAGGUUGACUUCACAGAGGAAGAGAUCAACAACAUGAAGAGUGAGCUGGAGAAGUAUGGGAUUCAGAUGCCAGCCUUCAGUAAAAUUGGGGGAAUUCUGGCCAAUGAGCUCUCUGUGGACGAAGCAGCAUUGCACGCAGCUGUUAUUGCCAUCAAUGAAGCCAUUGAGCGGAGAAUUCCUGCUGAUACAUUUGUGGCUUUGAAAAACCCCAAUGCUAUGCUGGUAAAUCUUGAAGAGCCAUUGGCCUCCACUUACCAGGACAUACUUUAUCAGGCUAAGCAUGACAAGAUGGCAAAUGCUAAAAACAGGACUGAAGACUCUGAAAGAGAAAGGGAUGUGUACGAGGAGCUGUUGACUCAGGCGGAAAUUCAGGGAAAUGUAAACAAAGUCAAUACAUAUUCUUCAUUAGCCAAUGUGGACCUGGCUUUAGAGCAGGGAGAUCCAUUGGCUUUAUAUCAGGCACUAUCAUCCCCAGCUCUGGGUCUUCAAGCUCUGCAUCAGGACAACUGUGAUUGGUACUUGAAGCAACUCCUAAAUGAGAAGCAGCAGAAGAAGCAGAGUGGAGUGAUUGGUCCAUUGCAGAAGGAGGACCUGCAGGCUGGAGUGGAUGCUGCUAACCGUGCAGCCCUUCAGUAUCAGAAAAGGUUGGCAGCAGUGACUUCAAUUAAUUCUGCAAUCCGAAGGGGUGUUGCUGAAAAGACUGUGUCAGAGCUGAUGAAUCCUGAGGCCCAGUUGCCACAGGUGUAUCCUUUUGCUGCUGAACUUUACCAGAGAGAGUUGGCUACUUUACAGCAGCAAAGCCCUGAUCAUAAUCUUACCCAUCCUGAACUGUCAGUUGCAGUUGAGAUGUUGUCAUCAGUGGCUUUAAUCAAUCGGGCUUUGGAAUCAGGAGAUAGAAAUACUGUCUGGAAACAACUGAGCAGCUCAGUUACAGGUCUUACUAAUAUUGAAGAAGAAAAUUCCCAGAGGUACAUUGAUGAACUGAUGAAGUUGAAAGCACAGGCACAUGCUGAGGAUAAUGAGUUCAUCACAUGGAAUGACAUUCAGGCUUCCCUAGACCUUGUGAACAUGAUGGUACAAGAGGAAAAUGAACGAAUCUUAGCAAUUGGCUUAAUUAAUGAAGCAUUGGAUGAAGGAGAUGCCAGAAAGACUCUGCAGGCCUUGCAGAUUCCUUCAGUCAAACUUGAGGGAGUACAUGCUCAUGUUGCCCAGCAUUACCAAGAUACACUGAUUCGAGCCAAGCGAGAGAAAGCCCAGGAAAUUCAGGAUGAAUCAGCUGUGCUAUGGCUGGAUGAAAUUCAAAAUGGGAUCUGGCAGGCAAACAGAGACACAGAAGAGGCACAAAAAUUUGCCUUAGGAGUUUUGGCUAUUAAUGAAGCAGUUGAUUCUGGUGAUGUUGCCCAGACCCUCAGUGCCCUUCGUUCUCCUGAUGUUGGCCUGUAUGGAGUCACCCCUGAAUGUGCCGAAUCUUAUCAGAGAGACCUUGAAGAUAUGAAGAAGAAAAAACUUGCAGCAGGCGACAAUAAUAGCAAGUGGAUGAAGCACUGGGUGAAAGGCGGGUACCAUUAUUACCACCACUUGGAAACCAAAGAAGGCGGGUGGGAUGAGCCCCCAGGCUUUGUGCAAAAUACAACCCAACUCUCUCGGGAGGAGAUCCAGAGUUCCAUCUCUGGGGUGACAGCUGCCUACAACCGGGAACAAUUGUGGCUGGCCAACGAGAGCCUAAUCACCAAGCUUCAGGCUUCUUGUCGUGGGUACCUAGUUCGUCAGGAUUUUAGGUCCCGGAUGAAUUUCCUCAAGAAGCAAGUCCCUGCUAUCAUUUGCAUUCAGUCUCAGUGGCGGGGGUACAAGCAAAAGAAGGCAUAUCAAGAUCGUUUAGGAUACCUCCACUCUCAUAAAGAUGAAGUUAUAAAGAUUCAGUCCCUGGCAAGAAUGCAUCAAGCUAGAAAGCGCUAUAAAGACAGGUUACAGUAUUUCAGAGACCAUAUAAAAGAAAUAAUAAAAAUCCAGGCCUUUAUUCGGGCAAACAAAGCUCGGGAUGACUACAAAACACUCAUCAAUGCUGAGGAUCCCCCUAUGGUGGUUGUCCGAAAGUUCGUACAUCUUUUGGAUCAGAAUGACCAGGAUUUUCAAGAGGAACUUGAUCUCAUGAAGAUGAGGGAGGAGGUUGUGACCCUCAUCCGAGCCAAUCAACAGUUGGAAAAUGACCUGAAUCUCAUGGAUAUCAAGAUUGGACUUUUAGUAAAAAAUAAAAUCACAUUACAGGAUGUGGUUUCCCAUAGCAAAAAACUUACCAAGAAGAAUAAAGAGCAGUUGUCAGACAUGAUGAUGUUGAACAAACAGAGGGGAGGUCUUAAGGCUCUGAGCAAAGAGAAGAGAGAGAAAUUGGAAGCUUAUCAGCACCUGUUUUAUCUGUUGCAGACCAACCCCACAUAUCUGGCCAAGCUGAUUUUCCAGAUGCCCCAGAACAAGUCCACAAAGUUCAUGGAUUCUGUGAUCUUCACAUUGUACAACUAUGCCUCCAACCAGCGAGAAGAGUACCUGCUGCUGCGUCUUUUUAAGACUGCCCUCCAGGAAGAGAUCAAAUCAAAGGUAGAUCAGAUUCAAGAGAUUGUGACUGGAAAUCCUACAGUUAUUAAAAUGGUUGUGAGCUUCAACCGGGGGGCUCGGGGCCAGAAUGCCCUGCGACAGAUUCUGGCUCCUGUCGUGAAGGAGAUCAUGGAUGACAAAUCCCUCAACAUCAAAACUGAUCCUGUGGAUAUUUACAAGUCUUGGGUUAAUCAGAUGGAGUCUCAAACAGGAGAAGCAAGUAAACUGCCAUAUGAUGUGACCCCUGAGCAGGCGCUAUCUCAUGAAGAAGUGAAGACACGGCUUGACUCUUCAAUUAGGAAUAUGAGGGCGGUGACUGAUAAAUUCCUCUCUGCUAUAGUCGGCUCUGUGGACAAAAUCCCUUAUGGAAUGCGCUUCAUUGCCAAGGUUCUGAAGGAUUCACUGCAUGAGAAAUUCCCAGAUGCUGGUGAGGAUGAGCUCCUAAAGAUUAUCGGUAACCUACUCUACUACCGGUAUAUGAAUCCAGCCAUCGUGGCUCCUGAUGCUUUUGACAUCAUUGACCUCUCAGCAGGAGGCCAGCUCACCACAGAUCAACGAAGAAACCUGGGUUCUAUUGCAAAGAUGCUCCAACAUGCAGCCUCCAAUAAGAUGUUUUUGGGAGAUAAUUCUCACCUAAGCAUAAUUAAUGAAUAUCUCUCUCAUUCCUACCAGAAAUUCAGACGUUUCUUUCAAGCUGCAUGUGAUGUGCCAGAGCUACAGGAUAAAUUUAAUGUUGAUGAGUAUUCUGAUUUAGUGACUGUCACCAAGCCAGUUAUCUACAUUUCUAUUGGUGAAAUCAUCAAUACCCACACAUUGCUUUUAGAUCACCAGGAUGCCAUUGCCCCUGAACAUAAUGAUCCCAUCCAUGAGCUACUGGAUGAUCUUGGGGAAGUGCCUACCAUUGAAUCCCUUAUAGGGGAAGGUUCUGGUAAUUUAAAUGACCCGAAUAAGGAGGUGCUGGCUAAGACAGAAGUAUCUCUCACACUGACGAACAAAUUUGAUGUGCCCGGAGAUGAAAAUUCAGAAAUGGAUGCUCGGACCAUCUUGCUUAAUACAAAGCGUUUAAUUGUGGAUGUCAUCCGGUUCCAACCAGGAGAGACACUAACUGAGAUCCUUGAAACACCUACUACCAGUGAACAGGAAACAGAACAUCAAAGAGCUAUGCAGAGGCGAGCUAUUCGUGAUGCCAAAACUCCUGACAAGAUGAAAAAAGCCAAAUCUUUUAAGGAAGAUAGUAACCUGAGCCUCCAAGAGAAGAAGGAGAAGAUCCAGUCGGGUUUAAAGAAGCUGGUAGAACUGGGGACAGUAAACCCAAAGAACAGAUACCAGGAAUUGAUCAAUGAUAUUGCCAAGGACAUCCGGAAUCAGCGGAGGUAUAGGCAGAGGAGAAAAGCUGAACUGGUUAAAUUGCAGCAGACCUACAAUGCUUUGAACUCCAAGGCCACAUUUUAUGGCGAGCAAGUGGAUUAUUAUAAAAGUUACAUCAAAACAUGCUUGGAUAACUUGGCCAGCAAGGGCAAAGUGUCUAAAAAGCCAAGAGAGAUGAAAGGAAAGAAAAGUAAAAAAAUCUCCCUGAAAUACACAGCUGCACGACUACAUGAGAAAGGAGUUCUUCUGGAAAUCGAGGACCUGCAAGUGAAUCAGUUUAAAAAUGUGAUAUUUGAAAUCAGCCCAACAGAGGAAGUCGGAGACUUCGAAGUGAAAGCCAAAUUUAUGGGAGUUCAGAUGGAGACUUUCAUGUUACACUAUCAGGAUCUCCUACAGCUGCAAUAUGAAGGGGUUGCUGUCAUGAAACUGUUUGAUAGGGCAAAAGUCAAUGUCAACCUCCUGAUUUUCCUUCUCAAUAAGAAGUUCUAUGGGAAGUAAUUGAUGAUUGGCCUUAUGUGCAGAGGACCAGAAGACCAAGGGAAAAAGGAUUCCCCGAUGACUGCCUCGUGAUAUUCUUUGCCCAGUGGAGCCAGAGACCCUCCCAAUGCCAAACUGCAUCUCCUCCCUCUUUGGGAUCUUCUGUAACUCAGGCUUCGGGUUCCUUCAUUUAGGGGUUUGAGAGGAAACUUAAACCCCUAAAAACCAUUUCCCAUAUGCUAUUAGACUCAGUGGUUACUUGGAUAUAUUUUGAGCCUAGGGUUCGGUUCUUAUUACUUAUGUAGAUGGACGAUAUUAGCACUAGUUACAAAAAAACUUACAGCUUUUUAUAUAUAUGUACAUGCAGAGACCAGUUAAUGGCUUAGACUCUAAUCAUUAGGAGACUAGAUUGAAGCUAAGUUGUGUUUUUUGUCCUCUAAGACAUAAUGCUAUGGGAAAUGUGUUCACAUUUGAUCUUUGCCAUUGUAGUUCCUUUGUGCAGUAGCCAGGGGUAGAGGGUAUUCUGCCUAGGGAGCUUGGGGGGCGGGGGAUCUAAGGGGGGAAAACUGUCUAUGUAUUCCUCUUGUAUUUGGACCACCUGGUCAGUUUUGUUGUCUGGGUUUGAGUAGCUUCCAUUUAUAUUUACACACACACACACACACACACACACACACACACACACACACACACACGUCCAUUUUUUUGGAAGGAUCCAGUUGAUAAAAUACUUCUGUAUCCAGGAAUGGACCAAGUUCCUGUUUGGUUUCUUUUUCAGUUCUGGUGCCCACCUAGGCAUAUACAAUUAGGCCAGUUUAGGAAGGCACCCAACCCUAUCGCUUAGUGAACGGUUUUAGAUCUAACAUUAAGCAUCCUAACUAGAUUCCUUCAUGAUUUUGGUUUGUUGCUUUAAGGUGCCUUAUUAACAUAGAUAAAUCUAAAUACUUAAGGGAUUUCUUUAUGGUUGCUCACCUGCAGAUAAAUAUAUGUAUAUUUUUUUUAAUUAAUAAAAUAAGGGGUAUAGGAUAUUUUAAAGAUUUAUAUAAUGCUUCAGAAACCUUUAGAGUGCUUGUAAGAAAAGUAAUUUUUUAAUAAAAAAAAUCAAACAAACCCUAGCCUAUCUGCAUAUCUGAAAUCUUAGAAAUUUUCUCAUAGCCACAACACUAGAGGACUUAUUUGCAGAACUGCAGAGGGAUAGCCCUGCCUUAAUGUAAAUUGAACCAAAACCAAAAUAUGCCAGCUCAACACAUAAUUUACUGUAUUUUAAACCCUGAUUCUUACACUGGUUUCUCAUUUUCCUGUUUUUGCAGACUACAUUAUUAUAUUUAAUGAUGAACUCUGCUUUUAAGGGUCUUUAGUCCUAAAAAUUAAGCCUUCAAAAAGAAAGCAUGGAUGGAUGAGGUCUGUCUGGGAAUAAUAUAUAUGAUUUAAAAAACAAAACAAAACCUGUCUUUAGGAAUACAUCACUAAAAUCAUGCCAUCUUCUAUUGUUUUGGUUCAAUAUUCCUUAAGUAUAAAACUGUCUGAAACCCAGUUUAAGCAGCAUUUUAAUGCACACACAAAUCCUUCACUGAAACAUUUUUAUGAAUAUUUUGAAAUUGGCCGAUGUGUUUUUCUAGUGAACCAUGUUAAGAAAUAGCCAUUGGUUACUAGUUGUGCAAUAUUCUUGUUGCAGUUGUAAAUAUCAGAGAAUUAUUUUUUAGUACCUAUUUAAGUACUUUAAACAUUUCAGGACAUCGAAGAGAUGGGAGAUUUAGGCAAAGAAAAUUUUAACCAUAGAACUAGAGAAGGGAUAAAUUAUAAUAACUCAACGGGAAUUCUCUAUUGCCAAGAUUUGUGGCUAUCUUAAACUGUUUUUUUUUUAAUAAAGGCAUUUUACUCAUUAAACAAGUAAACUAGCAAUUACACAAAUAGCCUCAAAAACUGGAAUCAAAGUUCCCAUCUUUCUUCUCACAUAAAAGGGUAUUACUCUCUUUUUGGCCCCAUCCUGGGCCUGAAACUGCAAUGAUGACCCAGUCUAUAAAGGACACUAUUAUAAAAGGGACACUUGGAUUAUUUGUAAAAAUUACUUGUUCACCUAAUACAAUCUUUGAUGUGAAACAUCAAGCACAAAACCUUCAGAGUUAAAGAAUUUAUAGGGAUAAUAUUUAAAACAAUUUUAAUAUAUUGGAGAAAACUGAUAAAUUUUCAAAUCUUGACAUUGAAACUUUGUAGCUUUUAUUACUGUUUUAUUUAUUAGUCAUAGGAUUCUUCCGGCUCCUUUCUCCCUCUUGGGCCAACUUCUCCUUGCCAGCCAUCAUGACAUUUGUUGCAAAUUUGUUUCCUCCCUGGAAUUUGGGCUGCUUAUUCCAUUUGUUGGCACAAAAAAAUUGUCUUUUGUAUAUCUCAACCAAAUAAAAGGUCAUUUGUUCA